GGUGAUCCUCCGUCACUCCAGUCAGCCUCACAUCACCGAGUCACUGGACAGUCACCAGCUGAUUCAGAGAAACUUCACUAUGUAACACAGAAACAUUAACAACAUUCACUCUUUGGUAAUUCCUUCUUAGUAUUAGGAAGUAAGAGAUGGUGUGAAAAUGGCUAAGCGACCCGGGAGAAAGGAGGGGACGCUAUCUUCUUCUUCGCCGACCAUUCUUCGGAAUUUGAACCGCGGAGACGUGAGCAUGGACAGCGGAGACGGAUCCGAAGACUUGUCCCUGGAUGAAAUUCUGACUCUGUACAGCCAGCCGAUAAACGAGGAACAGGCAUGGGCAGUGUGCUACCAGUGCUGUCGGACUUUAGCGCAGAAACACAGACGGAGAGGCUCAUCCAAGGCAGCGGGCUCCUCGGCGGUGGACUACCCGAGGAAGAUCGAUGGACCUGGGAAUGUGAGGAUCGGAAGAGACGGGGCUGUCAAGCUGCACUUUGAAGGCAGCACAGAUGAGUACCAGUCAGCGUGCACGUCAUUAGAGGUUAUUUAUUCCCUGGGUGUCAUGAUCUACAAAGCUCUGGAUUAUGGCCUCAAAGAGAAUGAAGAGCGAGAGCUCAGCCCGCCAUUGGAGCGACUGAUCGACAUGAUGACCAACAUACAGAAAACUGAGACCGACCCUUGUCCUGACGAGGGCUACGAGGCCACCGAGGAAGAGGACGAGUGUGAGGAAGCCGAUGCGGAUGAAGAGCUCGAGUCUGUUUCCUCUGCCAGCGAAGUGAGCAGCGUCAAGAGUUACAGAGACAUCCUCUUGAUAUGUUCUUCCCAUCUGCCCAGCCCAUCUGAUGCACCGAACCAUUACCUGGCUGUGUGCCGAGCUCUUUAUGCCGAGACAAGGGAACUUCACACGUUUCUGGAGAAGAUAAAAUGUGCCAAGGAGAACCUUCGGCGGAUGGAAGGUGAGACGCAGGAGGAACCUGAGAAAGACCUCAAUGAGCUGCAAAAUGCUGACUGGGCCUGCUUCUGGGUGCAGGUGAUGCGCGACCUACGACAUGGUGUGAAGUUAAAGAAGGUUCAGGAACGGCAGUACAACCCGCUGCCCAUUGAAUACCAGCUCACGCCGUACGAAAUGCUGAUGGACGACAUCCGUUCCAAACGCUACAAGCUGAGAAAAGUCAUGGUGAAUGGAGACAUCCCCCCACGACUAAAGAAGAGCGCACAUGAAAUCAUCCUUGAAUUCAUCAGGUCACGGCCUCCUCUUAACCCUGUUUCAGCCCGAAAGCUCAAGCCCCAUCCUCCACGUCCGCGGAGUCUCCACGAGCGACUGCUGGAGGACAUCAAGGCUGAAAGGAAGCUCCGGCCGGUUUCACCUGACAUGAUUCGAAGGCACCGUCUAGUCAUGCGACCUCUGAGCAUGUCUUACAGUUUUGACUCAUCAGGUGCAGGGAAAAGCAUCAGCACCCCUCAGGACUUGUUCCGCAGUCCAGCGUCUCCUGAUGGGCAGAGGAAGUUGGCUGGCAGUACCCACUCUCUGGCCAGUGGGAUGACAGGAACCCCUCAAAGAGCGCAGCAGCUGAGCCAGAGGAAGAGGCUCCUCAAAGCUCCCACACUGGCUGAACUGGACAGCUCCGAAUCUGAUGAGGAGCCCACAAAGAGCAGCUCCAGUAGGUCCACGUCUUUACUGGAGGACACAUCUCCUGAGAUUGUUGCGGAGAAGAAAGCACCUCCGAAGUUUCUGCCCGUUUCCGCCACUCCUCAGCCAGAGAAGCACCAGACUCUUCAGAGGCGGCACUCUGUGGAGAGGGAGGCUCCUGCUUUUGUUCGGUCUUUUGCGCCACCGUCCAAGCAGAGCUCCAAGUCGUUGGUGGAAGCAGCCGGCAGCGCUCAGGUCACGGAGGAGUUCUGUUAUCCUGUGGAGUGUUUGACUCUGACGGUGGAGGAGGUGAUGCACAUCAGACAGGUUCUGGUCAAGGCAGAGCUGGAGAAAUUCCAGCAGUACAAAGACGUCUAUAACGCUCUGAAGAAAGGAAAGCUCUGCUUUGCAUGUCGAACCAAAAAAUUCUCCCUCUUCACCUGGUCUUACACCUGCCAGUUCUGCAAAAGACCUGUGUGCGCCCAGUGUUCAAAAAAGAUGCGGCUACCAUCUAAGCCCUAUUCCACUCUGCCCAUCUACUCUCUUGGUCCCAGUGCAGGUGCUAACAAUGUAGCUCGUGUAGCUUCGGCACCACCAGAACCAGAGAAACAUGCGCCGGGAUACGGCAGACACAGUCUACGCCGAAGGUUGUCCAAGCACAGCAGCCGAGACGGGCAGUCGAAAGACGAACUGGAGCUGCCCAAAGAGCUGACAGAGGACUGGGUCACCAUGGAGGUCUGCGUCGACUGUAAAAAGUUCAUCACGGAGAUCAUCUGCUCCAGCAAGCGCAGCCUGUCAGUGGCGUCCAAAAGAGCCCGUCUGAACCGCAAAACCCAAUCGUUCUACAUGCCAUCGUCUAAGUCGACCAGCUUCCACCCCGCAGAGCGCCCCAUUAGUGAAAUGUAGGACGGAGCCAGCGUACUUUAUUCAAAGUAUCCUCCCUGGUUUUGUGCACUUUAUUGAAAUUUAAAAGAAAAUCCACAUUUGACACGGACUGCUACCAAAAGAUUUUGAAGUUGCCGUGCAAAUCUGGAAGUAGUAUCCCUCUCAGGAAAAGCUGCAGGCAUUACAUUGGCUGUGAUACUAGUGAAUAUGUGGCAAAGAUCCUCAUAACCACUGUGAAGUACAGUGGAGGAGGUAUGAUGCUGUGGGCCUGUUUUGCUUCCAAAAGCCAAUAGAAAUCUUGUCUGAGUCCUUCACUCAAACCAGGGAUGAUAUGAUGCAGAAAGCCAAAAGAUGUAGAGAUAUCAUGUAAAUAUUGCAGAGGCCCAAUCAAUGUCUAAUGUCGAUGAGCUUUCCAGUUCCCGUUUACUUCUUGCACUCAGGAAGAUUAACCGACAGAAAUGCACUGUACAGUCUCUUUCUUGUAAGGUCUGCUGGGGCAGAUCUCCGCCUCUCUCAUCCUUCCAGCAGCAAAUUCUUUUGCCAAAAGUUUCACCUUCUCAGCCAGAUCAAAUGAGUUACUGCUGUUAUCUCAUAGUACUGAGGGGCUCAGAUUGCCUGUAUUUUUCAGGGUGUUUUUUUUUUUUUUUUUUUGCUAUUUAAACUAAAUUCAUUUCUGUGCAAGGUGCCAAAAUGUAAUUUCUCUGAAUGCCUUUGUAGCUGCAGAACUAUUGUACAUAAUGUGUCAUAAACUAAAUGAUGGUAUCUUUAGUUUCUCAACUCCUUGUGCUCCAAAGUGGGCCACAGACAUACAUGAAGGAUUUUAGAAAGUGUACAGGUUGUAUAUUCAUAUUGUUCCAAAUUCAAAUUUAAUAUAAACUUAUUAAGGUAUCAUUUUAUUAUUUUCCAGAUUUCUGGCCAUUAGAAUUAUAAUUUGUAGUGUAUUAUGUUGUGCAAUGAGUUUAAAAAUCCUGUGUUUACAUUAAGCACUUUAUUUGGACCGAAUUAUUGUUUAUGUUUGGUUUUUAAUCUAAAAUAAUAAUUAUGUAAUUUAAAAGAAAUAUGUGCCACUUUAAAAAGGUCCCUUAUGAAUACAGUAAAUGUUUCAAUAAGCGUUUCAAAGCAAAGUAAUAAGGAUUGCUACACAGAAUUGAAUGUAGACAUUUUAAGAUUUUACUUUAAGAAUGUAUUUUCAUUUUAAGUGAUUCUCCUAUCAGUCCUACACACACACACACACACACACACACACAUCACCAAAUAGAUACAAAGCGUAACCAGCCUGUUUAAGAAAUGUUGAUGCAAUUUAAAAAACAAUAAAGCAAUCCAUAAAUCGAGUUUUAUUUUGGAGCUCUAUAAGGAAUGUGUGCAUGCUGUAGUGAGAACUGUCUGUUUUUAUCAGAGAAAUUAAAAUAAAGUCAUCAUGAUUGUUAAAUUUGAA